UCACACGCUGUGCUAAAUCACUGGGCUUCCUCAAAUGGCUCCACAUGCCUCUCUUUGAGGCCUUUGCUGAGCACUACACAGCAAACAGUGAGAAGUACAGUACCCUUCAACUCUGUAAUCUGCUCAUGACUUUUGCCAGACUCAACUUCCAGCCCAGCAAUGGAGAAGAUUUCUAUAGCAAGGUUCACUCUGUGCUGGAGCAGUCUCUCUCAGGCCUGGAGCCCUUCUUGCAGACAGAUGUGGUUUGGGCUCUGUGUGUGCUGCAGCAGGCCAAGCCCCAAUACCUCAUCCCCCUCACACAGCAGCAUCACGUUACCAAACUGUCAGGUAAGACACUGUUAUAGUCUGGGUGUUUUGUC